UUUAAGCACGAGCUUUGGGAAAAAUAACAUCAGAAACCCCAUACGGCUCGAAUAAGAUUCUAUAUCAGCUGUUUAACUAUAGGAAACAGUCCACAUAGCCUUCGUACCUCUGUGUGAACAGUUAAACAUCAACAAACAACAUGCCACAGAACGAGCACAUCGAGCUGCACCGUAAGCGUCACGGAUACCGGCUCGACCACCAUGAAAAGAAGAGGAAGAAGGAGAGCCGUGAGGCGCACGAGCGCUCACAGAAAGCCAAGAAGCUCAUCGGUCUGAAAGCCAAACUGUAUCACAAACAGAGGCAUGCUGAAAAGAUCCAGAUGAAGAAAACAAUUAAAAUGCAUGAACAAAGGAGAUCCAAACAGAAAGAUGAUGACAAGACACCAGAAGGAGCAGUGCCAGCAUAUCUGCUCGACAGAGAGGGCCAGUCUCGUGCCAAAGUUCUGUCCAACAUGAUCAAACAGAAGAGGAAGGAGAAAGCUGGAAAGUGGGAGGUCCCACUUCCCAAAGUGCGUGCUCAGGGCGAGACUGAGGUUCUGAAGGUGAUCCGCACCGGAAAGAGGCAAAAGAAAGCCUGGAAGAGAAUGGUGACCAAAGUGUGUUUCGUUGGAGACGGCUUCACGCGCAAACCGCCAAAAUACGAACGCUUCAUCAGGCCAAUGGGUCUAAGGUUCAAGAAGGCGCACGUAACUCACCCAGAGCUGAAGGCUACCUUCUGCCUGCCCAUCCUAGGUGUGAAGAAGAACCCCUCCUCUCCUCUUUACACUACACUCGGGGUCAUUACCAAAGGAACAGUCAUCGAAGUCAACAUCAGUGAGCUCGGUCUGGUCACGCAGGGUGGCAAGGUCAUCUGGGGUAAAUACGCACAGGUGACAAAUAACCCAGAAAAUGAUGGCUGCAUUAACGCCGUGCUGUUGGUAUAACGAAUGAACUAUGCCUAUCAAUGCAGCUUUGGACCACAAUGACGGACAUUUUUCUUCAAAAUGAUGCAGACUGGCGUUUUAGCAUAUGACUGUGGGUAAAGAAAAAAAUAAUAAAAUGACUGCUGUUUCAUGCCUAACAAAAGAUUUUAGGCUGUAGACCUUGAGGGCUACACAACUACAGCAAUUAGUGUUUUUUUUCCCCCUCCUAAAGAUCUAACUAGCUCUUUAACAGGGGUGUCGUAAAAUAAGGGAAAGCACUAAUCUAAGCUCUGGACAUGCAGAAGAAAACGUGGAUUAUAUUAAAGAUCUUUUGAAAUAAAA